CAAGGGAUUGGAGAUCAACGUAUCUACUGGUGAAGACAUCUACAGACAUGGAGAGUAAGCGGAUGUUUUUAGUGGUUUGCGUGAUAGGCUGUGCAGUGUCUUUCAUUAAGGCUGAAAGCAACCUAUCAACACCAACAACUUUGACUUCCAAAAUCACCCGCAAUGAGUGUGGAAAAACCAAACUGUGUUUGGACAACCCUAAAGGAUGUGAUCCUUCGGCUAGCUCUCAGUGUUUCUUCACCUCAGCUAUCUUAACUGACAUCAGCCUCACUGUUGAGCUCAGUGGCAACUCUACCGGUUACAUCGCUUUAGCAGCUGGACUGACAUCUAAUAUCCCUCAGGACCUUCAUAUCAUCAUUGUCUGUGGCAAUAAUAAUGGUGGGUUUUUCUACCAAACUACAACACUCUACAACAAUGCUCUGGGGAUCUCAAAUAUAGCUAUUGUAAACAAUAUCCAGGGUUCGAUACAGUCAGGCUUUAUUCAGUGUGUUUUCACCAUCCCCAUUGACAUCAGCGACAUUGGUAAUUUAGAAAUUCCCAUAUUCAUUGACAUCUUGAAGGGUUCAACCAAUGGAACUGCACUGGGAGCACCAACAAGUGUACUUGAGUCCUCUGUUCUGGUUAAUCUACGUAAUGUCAAUUCUACUAAUGUUGUAAGUACCACAUCUGGCACCACAGCUGGCACGACAGCUAACACCACAACUGGAACCACAGCUAACACUACAGCUGGCACCACAGCUAACACCACAUCUGGCACUACAGCUAACACCACAGCUGGCACCACAGCUAACACCACAGCUGGCACUACAGCUAAUACCACAGUUGGAACCACAGCUAACACAACAGCUGGCACUACAGCUAACACCACAGCUGGCACCACAGCUAACACCACAGCUGGAACCACAGCUAACAACACAGCUGGCACCACAGCUAACACCACAGCUGGCACGACAGCUGGAACCACAGCUAACACCACAGCUGGCACCACAGCUAACAUCACAGCUGGAACCACAGCUAACACUACAGCUGGAACCACAGCUGGCACCACAGCUAACAUCACAGCUGGAACCACAGCUAACACCACUGCUGGAACCACAGCUAACACCACAGCUAACACCACAGCUGGCACUACAGCUAACACCACUGCUGGAACCACAGCUAACACCACAUCUGCCACUACAGCUAACACCACAGCUGGCACCACAGCUAACACCACAGCUGGCACCACAGCUAACACCACAGCUGGAACCACAGCUAACACAACAGCUGGCACUACAGCUAACACCACAGCUGGCACCACAGCUAACACCACAGCUGGAACCACAGCUAACAACACAGCUGGUACUACAGCUAACACCACAGCUGACACGACAGCUGGAACCACAGCUAACACCACAGCUGGCACCACAGCUAACAUCACAGCUGGAACCACAGCUAACACCACAGCUGGAACCACAGCUGGCACCACAGCUUACAUCACAGCUGGAACCACAGCUAACACCACUGCUGGAACCACAGCUGGCACUACAGCUAACACCACUGCUGGAACCACAGCUUACACCACAUCUGCCACUACAGCUAACACCACAGCUGGCACCACAGCUAACAUCACAGCUGGUACUACAGCUAACACCACAGCUGGAACCACAGCUGGAACCACAGCUAACACCACAGCUGGCACCACAGCUAACAUCACAGCUGGAACCACAGCUAACACCACAGCUGGAACCACAGCUGGCACCACAGCUAACAUCACAGCUGGAACCACAGCUAACACCACAGCUGGAACCACAGCUGGCACCACAGCUAACACCACAGCUGGCACCACAGCUGGCACCACAGCUAACACCACAGCUGGCACCACAGCUAGGACCACAGCUGGCACCACAGCUAACAACACAGCUGGAACCACAGCUGGCACCACAGCUAAAAUCACUGCUGGCACUACAGCUAACACCACAGCUAACACCACAGCUGGCACCACAGCUAACACCACAGCUAGGACCACAGCUGGCACCACAGCUGGCACGACAGCUAACACCACAUCUGGCACUACAGCUGGCACUACAGCUAGGACCACAGCUAGCACCACAGCUAAAUCAAAUGCCAGCAUCUCACUCACCAGCCUACUGAGUCAUGUAGCAAUUUGCCUUCUCGGUAUCUUCUUGCAUCUGAUCUGAUGAGACCCGAGAGAGACCUGAGGACUAAUCAUGCUUUAGAGUAGUAUGGAUAUAGUAGUAACGUUGGCGAGUUUUCCAAAAAAAAAACAAAAAAAAAAUCUUAUUUCCAUUGGCUUCUUUCUUUAUCUGAUUCUUUCUAUUCACAAACAUAUAAGAAACCCAUGUUUGUUUGACAUAUACAUGGUGUUAGGCAUGUUGGAAACAUAAAAGCCUACAUUUUUAUUGUGUUUAAUGAUCCUAUGAUAACAUUAUUUUUCUGAUAUUGGAAAUGAUCACAAAAAUGUACUUGUAUUUUGAAAGAGAUUUGAAGUUACUUUAAAGAUUUGUUAAAAUAAUACAUACAUAACAAAUGUCAUAUAUAUAUAUAUAUAUAUAUAUAUAUACAUACAUACAGGUACAGUAUAUAUCAUUAAUUACAAUGUUAAUUACAAUAUUGUUGGUCAAUAUUUACUUAAUACAAAUAAAAACGCCUUUGAAACUUAAA